CUGUGCUUAUAUUUCUCUGUAAUCGGAUACUUAACUUGUUGUUCUCUGUUCCUGAUACAGUUUUUAGCUGAAUUUCAACUUCCUCGACUUAAUUUCGUGCUUUAACCUCUCAAUUUCGAUGUAUUUUUAUGUUCUCGAAGCUUCUAGAUUCAAUUCGAGCUUAUUUAACUUCAACUCAAUCACUGAUUUUAAUCUGAUGCUAUAGAGUUCGACUCGAACAAAUCGAUAUGUGAAAAAUCAGCUCAGUUCUGUGAUGUUUGUAUUCAGUCAAAGUGUCUAUGGCUGUUUGAUUAUUUCGGUCUCCGUAAAUCGAUUACUGAUGAUGAUCCAGGUAAGGGAAAACAGCAAUCAAGAUUGAGGGGGUUCAUUGCUUUAACGAGUAUAUAGGACUUGGGGUUGAGAUCACAAAUUUCCAGAAGCUAGAUGACAAAGCAUCAAUGGAUAAAGUCAAUUUUCAGUAGUCACAUUGAUCCUGAAACAGAUGAGGAGCUAAAGGGAACUAAAAUUGAGACGGAAGGCAAAUUUCAGAAGAUACUGAAGCUAGUUAAAGAUGAAAAUGAAGACUCCAACAAAGAGCCACUAGUUGAAUUGAUAGAGGAUUUUCACAAGCAGUACCAGUUACUGUAUGAUCGUUAUGAUCACAUAACAGGAGAGCUGCGCCAAAAAGUUCAUGGCAAAGAAAAGGAUUCUUCUUCAUCAUCCAGCUCAGAUUCUGAUUCAGACAAGUCUCACAGAAUAAAGAGCAGUAAGAAUGGUAGAAAGCAAAGUAAUAUCGAGAAAUUGACAGGUGGAAUCCGACAUGAACUUGAAAUUGCAAAUCUGGAGAUAGUUGACUUAAAGAGUAAGCUGGGAGCUGUUAGUGAGGAAAGUGAAGCAUUAAAUUCAAAAUAUCAGAUUGCUUCUCAAAAAGUACAAGAAUCGGAGGAGGAGAUAAAAAGAUUGGUUGCAGAAGGCGAAAAAUUGAAACAUGAGAAUGCUGAUAUCUUGACUGAUAACAAGGAUCUUAUUGUGAAACUGCAAUGUGCUAGUGAGAUGGAAGCUCAAUUAAAUCAUCAGCUGGAAGAGUUGAAGAACACAAUUAGCAUUUUAACUUCAGAGAAAGAAACCGCAGUGAGUGCCAUAGAGGAGGAAAGGAAAGUUAGUGAUGAUUUAAGAGCAGUUACAGCUCAGGUAAGAGAUGAGAAAGAAGUGUUGCAGCUAGAACUAGAUGCUGCUAAGGGAGAAGUUUAUGUAACAAAGGAUAAUCUGCAAUCUGCACAACAAGAAAUAGAAAACCUAAACCAGAUACAAAAAGUCAUCAACGAAGAAAAGAAUUCACUCUCCUCGGAAGUUGUGACACUAUCCAAAGAGAUUGAGCAGGCAGAUCACAAAAUUCAAGACCUCGUCACUGAAUCUAGCCAAUUGCAGGAGAAGCUUAAUAGCAGAGAGACGGAGCUUUUGACAUUAACGGAGAUGCAUGAAGCCCACUUGAGUGAGACAGAUUCUCGGACUAGAGAUUUGCAACUCAAUUUGGAGACAUUGCUGUCCGAUAAAACAAAAUUGGAGAAUCAAAAGGACGAUGAACUCUCUGUUCUUCUAUUGAAACUUGAAGAGAACGAGAGAGAUUUCUUAUCACAGAUACAACAUCUGACAGCAGAAAAAUCUGCGCUGUUGGAAGAAAUGAAGCAGUUGCAGAACAAAAUCCAUGAAAUUGUCACUGAAUCUAGCCUAAUGAGGGAGAAAAUGGAUGGUAGAGAGACAGAGCUUUUGACUCACAAGGAGACACAUGAAGCCUAUGUGCACGAGGCAGACGCUCGGAUAAGGGAUUUGGAACAGAAGUUGGAGGCCUUACACCUGCAAAUAACUGAAAUGGAAAAAGAGAAAGAUGAUCAACUCUCUGCCCUUCUCGUGAAGCUUGAGGACAAAGAGAGAGAUUUAUUAUCACAGACAGAACAUCUGACAACAGAAAAGUCCAUGCUCUCCGAAGAAAUUAAGCAGUUGCAGGACAAGAUCCAGGAACUAGUCACUGAAUCCAGCAAAUUGAAGGAGAUCAUGGACAACAAAGAGAGAGAUUUUUUGACACUCAAGGGUAUCCAUGAAUCCAGUGAGGAUGAAGCAACAAACCGGAUAAGGAAUCUAGAACUAGAGCUGGAAACGUUACACUCACAAAAGAAUGAGAUGGAAAAGCAAAAAGAUCAUGAACUCUCUCUCCUCUUGACUAGACUCGAGGACAAAGAGAAAGAUGCUUUGGUUCAAUUGGAGCUUCUAAAAGAAGAUAUAAACCAGUUGCAACUGAGGGUAGAAACAUUACAAACUCAGAAAAGCGAACUAGAAGAACUACUUGUACAGAAAUCAAAUGAAGCAUCUAGGCAGUUUGAUGAAUUAAUGAUUCAGAUCAAUGAAAAGCAAUGCGAACUGGAGUCUUUACAGAGCGAAAUACAUGAAUCUGACGCUCAACUGGGAAAAAAGGCUAUAGAAACUUCUGAGUAUCUGAUUCUGAUGGAAUCUCUAAAAGAGGAGCUUUCAAGGAAGACCGCCGAACAGACCAGCGAGAUUGAUCAGCUGACAAAGGAGAAUGAAGAUCUGAAGGACAAAAUUUCUGGAUUGGAGAAAACACUGUCAGAGAGAGAGGACCAAUCCUCUUCUCUAGAAAAGAAACUUGAAGAGGCCUCAAUUGAAGCAUCAGCUUUGAUUGAUGCUUCUGCAAUUGAAAUGAACAAAUUGCAACAGGAGUUGGAAUCCUUGCAUGCUGAGAAUCUGAAAUUGCAAGUAGAGAACGAAGGCCGCGUUAAACUGGGUAAGGAUCUAGAAUUGCAAGUAGACAUGGUGCAAACCAAGAUAAAAGAACUUGAGGACCAACUACUGGAACAAACAAACGAAAUUGAUCAGUUGAGAAAGGAGAAUGAUGACCUGAAGGACAAAAUUUCUGGAUUGGAGAAAACAUCGUCAGAGAGAGAGGACCAGUACUCUGCUCUAGAAAAGAAACUUGAAGAGGCAUCAAUUGAAGCAUCAGCUCUGCUUGAUGCUUCUGCAAUUGAAAUAAACAAAUUGCAACAGGAUUUGGAAUCCUUGCAUGCUGAGAAAAGCCAGUUGGAGUUGUUGGCUGAAAAAGAUAAACAAGAGUCUGCCAAAAGUCUGACUGAAGUCGAAGACCAGAACAUUGAAUUGAUAAGAAAGAUCAAGGAGCAGGAGUGCAUGUUAAAAGAACAAGCGGUUGCUUUCAACGAACUGAUGGAAGUGCGCAAACAACUUGAGGUCUCUUUAAUAGAAAGCAAGGAAAAUUUGCAAGUGUCAGAGAGGAAGAUUGAAGAAAUGACUAAAGAGUUCCACAGUAGUAUGGAGUUAAACGCUCGGAAAUUUAAUGAGCUGGAGGAAAUCCUUAAAGAGGUGGAAAGAGAACUUGAAAUAAAAAGAGAUGAAAUGGAAGAGAGCAUUGAAGACUUGAAAAGAGAACUGGAGAUGAAAGGAGAUGAAGUCACCACCUUGACAGAGAAUGUCCGGAAUAUAGAAGUAAAGCUCCGCCUGUCAAAUCAGAAGCUCCGGAUUACAGAACAGGUGUUAAGUGAGAAGGAAAAUGAGCACACCACCAAGGAAGAGAAGUACCAGAAGGACAAUAAGGUACUUCACGAAAGAAUUAUAGUAUUAUCUGGAGUACUUAGUGCAUAUAAAGAAGAUCAAUUUAAGAUGAAGGCAGUGUUCACAGAGCAGUUAAAUCAGACCUUUACUGGAUUGGAUUCGCUAACAAGGAAGUUAGAGGAAGACUCUGGGCACAUUGAAACAUGUGUCUUUGAGAUCUUAAAUGAGCUUCAGGUAGCAAAGAGUUGGGUCAUGGAUAAAAACAACAAUGAAGAAAAUCAAAAGAAAAAGAUCACCAAUCUGAUCUUUGAGCUUAACUCCAUGAGGCAACAGGAAUCACUCUUAAGGGAACAGAUUGAAAAUCUAGUGAAAACUGUUAAACAACUUGAAGUGAAGAUGGAAAAUUCCAAUACUGAAAAAGAUGAGAAGAUAGGAGCUAUGGAGAAAAGAUUAAAUGAGAAGGAUGCAUGGAUUUCAGGUCUGGGGGAGGAGAAAAAAGAGGCCAUAAGACAGUUGUGCAUAUGGAAUGAUUAUCACCGGGAGCGUUGUGUUUAUCUUGAAAAGUACAUUACAAACAGGAUUAAGGGCAGAAGGCAGGUAAGAACUUAAAGUACUCUGGGGCAUUUUUUUUUUGUUGUAGGAUCAACAGUUUUGGUGGUUGAUUUUGCUAGUGAUUCAGGAGACAAUGGAGCAGUAUGUGUAUCAUCAUACCUAUUUAGUGUGCAUAGGAAAUUAGAUUCAUUACAUUGUUUGGUUUGUGGUUUUGAUUAAUUGUUGUGUGUUUGCUUUUGUGCCUUUGGAGACCACUCUUCGUAUAUUCUAGACGAGUGACAUUCUAUGUAUAUUUUCCGUUUCUUACCA